AGGACUCCUCAGCCCGUGCUGUAAUUAAGAGAGAAUCAUCUUCGAUUUCCAACCUCCCGCUGUUUUGGUGUUACGAGACCGUUUCGAGUACUGGGAGCUGAGGAGGUGAUCGGAUGCGUGCGCAAACGGCGGCGGCGGCAGCAGCGGAGGCGCGCCGGUUUUAGCGGCGUUUUGUGGCACUUUCUGAGCGCUGUCCCAGCGGAUCGCCGGUGCACGGCGGAUUGUUGGAGGUUCUAAGUUGCCUCGAGUGGAUCACCAGCAAACUCGUUUAUGUUAAAAGGUUCCACGCCGCCCCUCCUGGAGCCCUGCGGCGCGGCCAUCCCUGCGCGCCGCGCGCCACAAUAAAAGUGGAUAUGACCUCUUAUUUGAUUUAAAAAAAAUAAAUACAUUCUCAGACCAAGAGGAGGAUUAUUUGACAGAUUUUUUGCAGACCUGCUUUGCCAGGGUUUGGAUAACCAGAGGAGGAGAAGGAGGCGCACAGGUCUGUGGUCUUUCACUCCUACCAGUCAUUUUCCAGUUACCACCGUCUAUCUUCAUGUUGACUCGUGAUAAACCACUUUACAAAAGAUAGAGCUGCCCUGUGCCUGGAGGAGGAUAAUGGAACGGCUGUGGUUGUCUUUGCUGUUACUGGCAGCAGCAUGCAGAGGUCAGCAGUGUCCGAAACGUUGUAUGUGCCAGAGCCUUUCCCCGUCGCUCGCCAUCCUCUGCUCCAAAACAGGCUUGUUGUUUGUUCCUACUGCCAUUGAUCGACGAACUGUUGAGCUACGGCUUCAAGAGAACUUCAUUACGGCUGUUCGAAGGAAGGACUUUGCCAACAUGACCAGCUUGCUACAUCUAACCUUGUCCAGAAACACCAUCAGUCAAAUCCUCCCCUCAGCUUUCAGUGACCUGCGGAGACUGAGAGCACUCCACCUCGACUCCAAUAGACUAACGGUGAUCAAGGAUGACCAUUUCAAAGGCCUGACCAACCUUCGUCACCUCAUCUUGGCCAACAACCAGCUCCACUCCAUAUCUCCUCAUGCCUUUGAUGACUUCCUAUCCACCCUGGAGGAUCUAGACCUCAGUUACAACAACCUUGAUCAGGUUCCUUGGGAUACAGUUGGACGAUUGACCAACGUCAACACCUUAAAUAUGGACCAUAACCUCAUAGAAAAUGUUCCCCAAGGAGUUUUCACCAAUCUACACAAACUGGCCAGGCUUGACAUGACAUCAAACAAGCUGAAGAAAAUCCCACCAGACCCACUAUUUCUGAGAAUUCCUGUUUAUGCCAAAUCCAAAGGCUCUCCCCUCUCCUCACUGGUCCUGAGUUUUGGUGGAAACCCCCUUCAUUGUAACUGUGAACUUCUGUGGUUGCGGCGAUUGACCAGAGAGGAUGACCUAGAGACAUGCGCCUCCCCACCUGACCUUAGUGCCAAGUACUUUUGGACCAUACCUGAAGAGGAGUUUAUUUGUGAUCCACCCGUGCUGACUCGUAAGUCGCCCCAUACAGUGGCUAUGGAAAGCCAGCCUGCCAGCCUGAAGUGCAAAGCCAAUGGUGACCCAGAGCCUGAAGUCCACUGGAUCAGUCCCGAAGGGCGACUUAUAUCUAAUGGCUCCAGAACACUGGUUUUCCCCAAUGGAAGCCUGGAAAUCAAUGUGACAUCCCUGAAGGAUUCUGGAAACUUCACCUGCAUUGCCUCCAAUGCUGCGGGUGAAUCCACAGGAAGUGUGGAGCUCAUUGUCACGCCUGUGCCACAUCUGGCAAACAGCACGAGCCGGAGCCGAGACCCAUCCUCUGACCCGGCACCCUCUGACAUCCUAACCUCCUCAAAGGUGGCGCUACCUAACAAUGAGACGAGAGGAACAGACCGGCGGGUUUCAUUGGUAGAGCUGACAGGAAACUCUGCCCUCAUUAGAUGGACUAGUCAGAGUCCCACAUCUGGAGUCAGGAUGUUCCAGGUCCAGUACAACAGCUCUGGAGAUGACACGCUGGUUUACAGGAUGAUUCCAUCUAGCACCAAUGACUUCCUGGUUCGUGACCUUGCUCCUGGACGGAACUACGAUCUUUGCGUCCUGGCCGUAUUGGAUGACAUCAUCACAUCGCUGACUGCAACACGUCCUUUGGGAUGCCUGUCGUUCACCACAGACACAGAGUUCAGUCAGUGUCAAGCAUUACACAGCCACUUUCUGGGCGGUACGAUGAUAAUCAUCAUCGGUGGGAUUAUUGUGGCUUCUGUACUGGUUUUCAUUAUCAUCUUAAUGAUACGAUACAAGGUCUACAACCACCAGGGGGCAGGCCACGGAAAAGCAGCCAUGUCAGGAACUGCACCACGACACCACAGCAACGGACAAGGAGCAGGGGAACAAGUCCAAGCCUUCCCUCGUUCUGCUUCCAAAAUGACUGAGAGUCAAGACGAGCAGGCGACAGGGCCAUCGGGGCCCACGUCACCUAGCAACACCAUGAAAGACACUGUGGCGCUGGUUGAUGAGGAGUGUAGUGCACGGGCGAGGACUGAUUCUUUGGCCAGUGAAGAGCUCCUGCCACCCACUAAAGCCCACUUCUCCUCCAGAGUUGCCAUUGAGAUGAAAAGCAGACCGCCAUCUGUCACCAAAGAGCCCACCUCCCCCAAGGAACUGGCAGAGCCCUGAUGAUGCUGUUCAAGGGCCACACAUUGGAAGUGGACAUCACCACCAGGGAGAGCUGAUAUAUAACUCCUGAAGAAUGAAGGCCCAUCGCUCCUCUUCCCAAAUCUCCUCUUUACUCUAUCCAUCACUGUUUCCAUUAGGCACAGGGGUUCAUAGACCUCUGUCAUCUGGUUUACUUUAACUGCUUAACCCGGUUCUCAUGGAUGUGGAUUUAAUGACUGUGUCGAGGUUUCUGGUGCCUGUCCGGCUGCUGAUUGCCCAGUUACUAUCCAGGAUCUGGCUAUCAGUGAGAUCAUCUUAAUCAUUUUUAAAGGAAUAGCACUCACUAAGUGCUGAAUGGGCCACUUUAAAAUACAUGUGUAAGUGUGGAGACAAUAUUGGUAGGUCAUCUAAAACACUAACAGGAAUACGGAUGAGUUUUUGGGCAGCAUCAACAUGGACCCUCAGAAGAAAUGCCUGCACAUUAAAAACUGGAUAUAUAGAUAAUCACAAGCAACAACAUGGUAGAGAAGAAAAACAAAGGUAAUAGCGUUUAAUUGGGUCUACUGUUGGAUAUCAUAGCACGUUAAUACUCAAUAAUACUCUUUAUGCUACAAAACCUAAGGGACUGUUAACAUGUUCCAUUUGGAAUAAUGGAGUUCUGAUAAACUCAACUGAGCUUGAACUGGAUCUACUCUUCACUGGAGCCUGAUGUUUCUCAAUGAAAACCUUUUCUCUGCUACAAGUACACA